GGUUGGGGGGGAGGGCUGGAGGUCUACCCUGUCUGCCUGUUUGUCUGCCUGCCUGGUUCUCCGUCUUUUGGCUUGUGUGAUCUGGCUUAGACUGGUCUAGCUAGUCUGGUCUGGUCUAGCAGUUGGUUAGCCGGUCGAGAGGCGCAUUGUACCGCGAACAGCCUGGGGCUGUCUCCGGGUUGCGUUUGCCGUGUUUGCAACUUUCUUUACCCUGGGCCAUGACUUGGGCCGAUGGCGGCGACGGGCACAGAUGGGUGGGCGGACGGGCGGACGGGCGGGCGGAUAGGCGGAAACAAGGGGGAGAGAGCCUGGGUUUGUCGUUUUCUUCCCUUCAACAGCAAAGUGUCUCUGCCCACUGAUGUAUAGCCUGCCCGUGCGCAAAGACUAUGCAACGAAUCUUCCAUGUCUGUCUGUUCAUUUUAUAACAAGACUUCUUUGUUUAUUUUUGUCUCUUUUUCUCUCCUGCGUCGCUGUUGCUUUUUAUUCCAUCAUUAAAACAAAUACCUGGAUGGAUGAUGACCUUUUCUUGGUUGGGACCUCUCUCUCUUCCUUCCCUUUGCAACGCCAAAAAGAUUCGUGGUUCAUAUUACCUAGAUUAUGUCUACAUGAUGACGAUCCUUCCUUUCUGUAUCCUAGCGGUUGGCUUGUUUCACUCGCUGAUGUCCUUUUCCCCAUCACGGCCGUUGUGUGGGAGUUCUUUCUUUUACUUUGGGUUCAUGGAAUAUAUGGAUAGACUUCUUGGCUUUUUUUUCUUUUGCAUUCGUUGAUAAUGCUAUUGUUAUUGAACGAGUCGAUCGUGUCGCCUCCCCUUCUCCAUUUGUUGUGUUGCGUGGUGUCACGCCGAGUCGCUGUCGCACGACAUGUAUUCCAGUUGAUAGGUACGUACUGGCAUGGGGACGAUGCAAAGCACACCUUGAUA